AUGACUAUCAACUCGCAGGUCGCAUUGAGGUUUCAAGUUGUCACUAGCUCUCCUGGAAUACGAUCCCAGAUCAUCAUCGUCAGUCUCCCCGUCAUCUAUCCCAAUCGGGCAGAUGCGAUAUGUGGCGAAUUCGUGAUAUCCUGGCCAGUAACGGGAUUGUAUGAGGAGUUGUCGUCAUCUCCGUCGCCCAUCCUGAUACUCAACAGUCCGCACCAGAGACGCAGUGUUACAGAGGUGUUUACAGUGUUCAGCCCAGCUGGCGUUGUGGUAGCGCUAGCCCAAACUUUGUCACAGCCGACUUCCGAUCCAAGAGAGGGGGGAAGGAUAAUGCGGGGUGCUAUGACUGCGGCUGCCUGUUGGCGGCCUGGCCUGUCGAUCGAGGUGUCAUACAUGGGAAAAGAACCCGCUAACUGUGGCGAGCUGUCCGACAACGGAAAGCGGUUUUCGAUGGUGGCAUCCGCCGAGCACAAUCGUUGGCUGUUCUGUCUGAUAGGCCGAGAACACCGAGGACAUGCACGAUAG